CAAGCUGCACACUGAAACACGAAUGUGCCGAGGAAGCGAGCGUAACUAAAGGGAAAGGGGGGGGGAGUGGCUGGCUGGGAACAGAGGCGGGAUUUGGGAGUUGUGCUUCACACGCUCCGUGCCUGCUGCCGGCGGGAGCUCCCGGCGCCAGAGCGGGCUGGGGGGCUGCGAGGGGAGGACGAGGAGGAGGAGGAUGGUGAUGGCUGCUCUCGGCUGCACAAAGGCGCAACUGCUCAUUGAUUAGGAGAAAGGACCUGGAAGCAGUGUUCGGGACAGCAGUGUGCUGCUGCUUGGUGACAAUAUUUUUUUUUUUCCUGUGCUGGAUGUUGCCAUUCUAAAGGAUUCUCAUCAUGAUCGAUAGUUCCAAGAAGCAGCAACAGGGCUUUUCUGAGAUUUUACCUGCAGGAGAUGUUAAGCCACUGAAGGAGAAGGAAUGCCUUGAGGUGAACAGCCAGAAGAGUCUCAAGGAAGUACUUCAGCUGAGGCUACAACAGAGACGGACACGAGAGCAGCUGGUGGACCAGGGCAUCAUGCCACCUUUGAAAAGUCCAGCUGCAUUCCAUGAGCAGAUAAAGAGCCUGGAGCGAGCCAGGACUGAAAAUUUUUUGAAGCACAAGAUUCGCAGCAGGCCAGACCGGUCUGAGCUGGUCAGAAUGCAUAUCCUAGAAGAGACCUUUGCAGAGCCUUCGCUACAAGCCACCCAGAUGAAACUGAAGAGAGCUCGGUUGGCAGAUGAUCUAAAUGAAAAGAUUGCUCAGAGGCCUGGCCCUAUGGAACUGGUAGAAAAAAAUAUCCUUCCUGUAGACUCCAGUGUUAAAGAAGCUAUUAUAGCAGUUGGACAAGAGAAUUAUCCUCAAGCUUUGGAUGAUUAUUCAUUUGAUGAAGACAGCAGUGAUGCUUUAUCACCAGAUCAGCCAGCCAGCCAAGAAUCCCAGGGUUCAGCAGCUUCCCCUGGUGAGCCAAAGACAAGUGACUCACCAUCACCAGUAACACCAAAUGCUACUACAUCAACACAGUAUCCACCUUUAACCUCUCCAGUUCCUGAAUUUCUCAAAACUCCCUCUACAAUCGAACAGCACGUUACACGUUCUACUGCUACAACUACCCUGACCACAAAUACUGUAUCUGCAGCAAAGCCUGGGCCAACGUUAGUAAAGCAAAGCCAUCCAAAGAACCCAAAUGAUAAGCAUCGGAGCAAAAAAUGUAAAGAACCGAAGCCAAGAGUGAAAAAACUGAAGUAUCAUCAAUAUAUUCCACCUGAUCAGAAAGGUGAGAAAAAUGAGCCACAGAUGGACUCCAACUAUGCUCGUCUGCUACAACAGCAGCAACUGUUUUUGCAGCUGCAGAUCCUGAGCCAACAGCAACAACACUACAACUACCAGACAAUUCUACCUGCACCACUGAAGCCAGUGAAUGACAAACAGAGUAACAAUGGGAAUACGCCACUGAAUACUUUGAACAACAGUACACCAACAUCAGCUGCCAGCUCACCAAGACAGAAUAGUAAUAUUCCUAGCCGGAAACCAGGACCUCUACCUUCAAGCCUGGAUGACUUGAAGGUAGCGGAGCUUAAAAUGGAGUUGAAAUUGAGGGGAUUACCAGUGUCUGGAACAAAAACAGAUCUGAUUGAGCGUCUGAAACCUUAUCAAGACCUUAAUAACAAUGGGGUUGCUACUAAUAGCUCUGUUACAGUAACAACUUCUACUGGGGCCACAGGUAACACAGGGGAAGUGACAGUGGCAUUUCCUGUUGCAACACUAAAUAAACCAGUGGCUAAUACGAUAUCGAGCUUUCCUCCAGAAAAAACCUCUACCGGACCUGGCUGCAAAGUAGUAAAUACUGAAAACAUUAGCUCUCCUUUGCCUAUAUCUCCCUCUCCUUCCGAACAAUCUAGUCUAAGCACAGAUGAUACUAGUAUGGCAGAUACUUUCACAGAAAUGAUGAGCAUGAUGUCACCAUCCCAGUUCUUAAGUACUUCACCACUAAGAGCAAAUAUCAGUGAUGAUAAUCAGAGCCGCAGUAGUGGAAGCAUCUCAACCAUGGAGUUUGAUGUAGCAGAAAAGGACCGCAAACUUCAAGAAAAAGAAAAGCAGAUUGAAGAGCUCAAAAGGAAACUGGAACAAGAGCAAAAACUUGUGGAAGUACUGAAAAUGCAACUUGAGGUUGAAAAACGGGGACAACAGCAACAGUCUCAGACUUCUGGUAACUCAGCUGCUAUGGAACAAAAGCAAUUCAGUGCUGCUGUCAAAGAUGAAAAUGCUCUUACUGACUGCUCUAGUACGAGUCAAUCUGUACCUGUGGCUAGUCAUCCUUUAGCACAAUCAGUAUAUACUAGUGGCCAGAAUCCAGUUGCCAAAAAGGCGGUUGUUAUCAAGCAGGAGAUACCUGUGGCCAAAGCUGAACCUCAGAAUGCCAUUUCUCAGUUUUAUGUUAAUCCACAGAGGCAGCCACAAACUGCAGUUGUUGCCCAACCUCAAGCUUUAUUAACUACCCAAGGAACUGCACAGCUGCUCCUUCCACUAUCUAUCCAGGGACCGAAUUCUACCACUGCGGUGCAGCUACCAGUUGGAAAUAUAAAGUUGCAGGCUCAAUCACAAGCUGGAAUACAGACCCCAUCACAAAUACCCGCUACUAUUUCUUCCUCUGGCCUGGUUCAGGCAGCACCUCAGAUGCACACUCCACAAUCAAAGCAAAACACCAUCAUGCAGCAUACACUUGGUCAGACCCAACAAAUCGGAAAGGUUUUUCCACCUGCCACGUCAAAUACAGUAUUUUCCUACCAGACCACACCAGUUACAACAUCUUCACAAUCUUUUAUUAAUAAAACAUCAAACUCCAACAUUCACACUGGUGGUAAUCAGGUGCCCUCUGUGCAGAAUGGACCUACUCCUAAUAAGCCUGGUUCUCCAUCUCAAGCCCAGCCUUAUGUUGUUCAACAGUCCCUCUUCAACAACACAGUAUCCAAGACAAAAGAUCCUCCUCGUUAUGAAGAGGCCAUAAAACAGACUCGCAAUAUUCAGACAUCACACCGUGAGAUUUCCAGUGCACACAGUCAGCAGAUGGAUGAUCUUUUUGAUAUUCUCAUCAAGAGCGGAGAGAUUUCCCUUCCAAUAAAGGAGGAACCAUCUCCCAUUUCUAAAAUGAGACCAGUAACAGCCAACAUCACUACAAUGCCAGUGAAUACAGUGAUAUCCCGCCCACCACCACAAAUCCAAAUGGCCCCUCCUCCUGUGUCCUUAGAACCAACAACCAGCUUGUCUAUAAGUUUGGAAAACCAACUUGAAGCCCUCUUGGAUGGAACUUUACCAUCAGGUAAUGAAAUUCCUCAACUGACAAGCAAUAAUGAGGACAGAGAGUCAUUUUCUUUAAUUGAAGACCUCCAGAAUGAUCUGCUUAAUCACUCCAGCAUUUUAGAUCACUCUCAUUCACCAAUGGAAACAUCUGACCCACAGUUUACCGCUAAUAAUUCUUGUCUCUCUCUUGACCUUCCCGAUACAAAUUUGGACAAUAUGGAAUGGCUAGACAUUACAAUGCCCAACUCCUCAUCUGGACUCACUCCUCUCAGUUCUACUGCCCCCAGCGUGUUUUCCACUGACUUUCUAGAUCCACAAGAUCUACAGUUGCACUGGGAUUAAGCUCUAGCCAAUGAGAACACAACCUGCAAGUCUCUUUAUAGCAGAGGUCCAUUGUUGUACCAUUCUGAUUGCAGUUAAGAUAAAUUAAGACCGUAAUGUUUGGAAGAACAAAUGCUUGAAGCUAAUUCCUUACUGAUUUUCAAGUUUACAACUGAAUUACUUUAUGCUUCUAUCAGUAAUGCAGACCAGGGCCCUCUGAAAGCUGAAUUUCACAAGUCAAGAAAGGAUGAUUGUACUUACUAAUUAAAAGUACCCCAAGGUAAAUGCAUCACAAAUAUUUAAGAAAAGUUAUGUCACUGACUUUGUUAUGCUUAAGUGAGGAACACAACAUGGCUAAACUUAGAGAAGAAAAGUGAGAUUUCAACUGUUUGUAUUGACACAGUGAGCAGAUGUUUCGGGGAGGGUGAGAUAUCACUGCACUUCAUUGUUCCUGUGGAUAGCCUGAGCCAGGUUCAAAAUGAAUUGUGAGGGCAAAGGCAAGUACAAGCACUGGCUGGUUCAGUGAAAUUUCAUAUAUCUAGUCUCUUAAUUUGUUCAAGUUGUUUUUAUAUUUUGGUUUUGUGGUUUUUAAAACUCUUUCCCCAUUCUUUAAUCAUGAGGGAAGAAUUUAAUUGCAUCCAAAGGGAUAUUAAGUGUAACUGCAAGAAAUCCACUGUAGCUACGCCAGGUAAUAUUGAGAACACUGAAUUUUCUAUAGCAAUGCUCUGGAUUUAAUAGCUAGGUUUUAAUGUGUAUUUCAGACAGUUACUUGUAUACUCUUAACCUUAUUUUUGUGAACAGAGGGGAACGGUGGUCUUCAAACAAGAGAUUACUAUAAUGGAAAUAAGAAAUAUCCUAAUUUACUUUUGUCUUUGAGGAUAUUUGUUAGAUCACUGAAUCCAGUAUCUCAGCAUAUUAGAACAGUUUGAGGAACUAGAAAAGUUUAAUUAAUGCUGUUGUGCACUAUGAUCCUACAAGCAUCUAUGCAAGAACAGUCCCAGUACCCUCAAUAAAAGAUGUUUGUAGGAUCAGAGUCGCAGGGGACAGUACUGACAGGACAACCACCAUUUCUUAAUACUUUAUCUAUUGAAUAGUUUUGUCUACCACUACAUAACAUCAGGGAAACUAAACAGAUAAGCUGCUCAGUGAGAAUCCUAAAUAGCAGUAUCAAGAUGUACUGUUUUGUGAUAAGGCGGCACAUUUCAUACCUGAAACAGAUAAUAGCAAAAAUUAAGCUCUUACCUCACAGCACAGCAUGAAAAUACUAUAAAGUCCUUAGCUGUUUUGUUUUGUUUUUUUUUUUUUUUCAGAGUCUAUUAUUAAAGCAGUUGGAAAAACAAACAAAAAAUUUAAAUAGAAGUAAAAUACCUUGAAAUUCUGUGGUUGUGUCUCAGGUAAUAGCUGUUAAAUGUUGCCAUAGAUAACAGAGACUGAUAAUCAAACAUAAAAUUGGAAUUAUUUCCUAUAAGGGAAUUCCUAAAUUAAGAUAAAAGGAAACAGUCCCCUAUUUCCUGAACAGCGGAAACGUGGUAUGUUUUCUAAUCUGAAAACUGAUCUCAUUGCAUAAUUCCUUCCUCACCACCAACCUUCAAAAAUAAAGUUUUGUAGGAAAUAAUGAAAAAAUGCCCUGAAGCUUUUGCUUACUUCUUAGACUAGUGAUAGAUAUCAAAGACAUAAUGAAACCAGAAAGUAGCUGUUAACUAUUUAGCAACCUGUAUCACAUUUUAAAAAAAGAAAACACAAUCAUGUUAACAUCAAACAAUACUUUUGUCAGAAAAUGUUGUGGAAUUAACUGCAAAUUUAUGUCUCCAUAUAUACAAUGCAGUCUGGUUUACUAAUAUUACAGAAGUUGAUUGCCUUCAGAUAAAAUAGUGGAUUAUAUAAUUGAUUCAGGGCUUAAACUGGCAUCAUAUGUUUGCACCAUAUCAGUUACCAGCACUUUAAAUCAUUAUAUAUCUUCAAUAGUUUUACAGGCCAGAAUUUACUUUAAUCUGAAACUAAGUACAGACGGACAAUCUGUGGAGAUUUUCACGACAAAAGAUGAAGUUGAAAGACAUAUUUCCUUAUUCCUUCUUGCUGUGCCUACAAUACUUGAGUACAAUAUUACACAUGGACUGUCUGCCUUAAAUUUUGAUGGUAUAGGACUCUUUAAUAACACUGAACAAAUACAUUCAACUUUUUGCAUUCCUUUUCAUAUUAUCUUGGGAGCUAAUACUCUGAAAUUUUAAGUGCCCUCAGCUGUUACAAGAUUAAGAAUUAAGGACUCUUGGUCUGAUAGGAACAACUUUGAAUGGAAUUUAGUGUUCUGCAGUACUGUCAAUUUAUUGUGUGUGAUACAUCAUACCACAUCUAUGUGGUUAGAGUUACCCCUUUUUGACCCUGCCUUCUGAUUAAGUAAGAGGCAAGUAAAUUAAUUUUUAGAGGACAAAUUAAGCUAGAGCAGCUGUACUGUCAUUUUGAUGUGCAUGUAAAUAGAGCUUAAAACUGGCAAAGUCAUCUUGCUACAAAACUAUCCUUAUUGGCAGUGUAGAAUGUUAAAUAAUCCAUAGGAAUCUAUGUGCAGAAAUAAACCCAAACAGUUGAGAUGUGUUGUUAUCAGUACAGUAUAGCUUUCUACUCUAAAAGUCUAUUUGCAAAAAAUAAAAAUAAAAAAAAAAAUCAACAACAACAAAAAACCUAAAAAAGUUAAGGGAUCAUUUUAGUUUUUGAAGUACAAAUAUUAUAGUGUAGGGAAUGUGUGAUUAUUUUUUUGUACAUUUCAGAAUUGUGUAUUAAACCUUACAUAUAAUGGUUUGCUUUAGACUUUGUUCUGAAAUGUGAUAUAUUUGCCAUAGUCAUAUAUGCCUGGUAUGGCAGAAAUAGGUUUUGCUUAGACUUUUGUGUGUGCAUGUCUUACAUGACAAUUUUUGUAACACAAACACAAUACAUCUUAGAAAUUUAAUCAUGACUGUGCAGUUUGACUGUACAGAACUGAAUAUUUCUCAUUCAGAGAACAGUUGCAGAGGAAUGCACUGGCACUAAAUUUGCCAUUUAAUGGCUGCAAUAUACUAACAGAACACAUCCUCUUAAAUGUGUUGUUGGCAGAUCCUUCAAAGUAAUUAAGAAUACCAUUUUAUCAGUGUGAAAAUCAAAAGUUGGUGUUUACACUUCUAGAUCCUUAGAGAGCUCGAACGUGUUUUACGUGGCUAAUGUUAAUCAAGAGGAGUCACAUCCUUCCUUUAACACAGAAAUAGUAUUUGUUAUGCACUUUUAGUGCCAUUCACCAUUAGUUAAGGAAAGUAAGUUUACAGGCAACGUUUUGUUUAACGUUAUAAAUAGUUGAAAAAUCACUGUCAUAAAUUUAACUGUUCUCCCUGAAAAUAGAGUGAAUUUAUGGCAGUAGUUCUCUACAGAAAUUUAGAGUCUAAUCCAGCAAUGUGGACUUGCAGAAUCAGGCCUUUAAAAAGCUGAGGCCACAGCUUUUAGAAAUAAUCUCUACUUAAUACUGAAAUUUCUUUCCAAGGCAUUUUAAAAUUCACCAACAAAAGUUACGUUCAAGCAAGCAGGUGAUCAAAAUAGAAGUUUCAAUACAUUACAUAAUCUCAAACAUUCAGAUGCCUGAAAAGUGUAAGCACCAUAAUUGGAAACCAAGCACAAGCUGCUGAACUGUUCUCAAGGCAGAGAAAAUGCAAUUGCAGAAUUCAUUUAACUGGAAGGGCAUUAUGUAAUCAAUACACAGUAAAGCUUACCAAUGUAAACAAUUAUUAUUUGGAUGGCAUCUUCAGUGCAUUACGAACUUAAAGCAAAUUAUACUAAAACUGGAAAAAAAAUCUCUUCCAUUUAUCUCUACUAAAUGUUCUGUUGAAAUUCUUUAUAUUGUGGUCUAUUAAAUCGCCUUUUGAUGACUUCUAGGCUAUACUUCAGAUGUUUUUUUAUGUGAGAUAUGUGGAUUGGAGUUGCAUAUAGGAUAUACAUGGCCAAUAAAGAGCAUCCAUUAAAACCUGAAGUAAUCUCAAAUACUUCUUUUAUACCAGUUUGCUAGGAAUAAAGUGCAAAAAAGAAACACCUACAUUAUUCUGUAGUGUCCAAUACUGAGUAUAAAGACUUUAAGUUAAAAGUACAUAAAUGUAUUUGUAGAAAUCUAGCCAAAAAAACCAUUCUAGCUAUGAGAGCAAAUUCUCAAUAAAAAGCAGGGAAUGGUUAAUAACUAUAUAAUCACACUAUUUUUAUAAAAAAAAAAAAAAAUACAGCUCAGAUAGUAAAAAGACAGCCUAAAAUAAAUUAUAAUAAUAUAAAAAUUUAAAUAGGAACCAAAGCAUUGCCAUUUAUACUGCCAAAGGAGGCACUUUGUAUUUUGAAGCAUAGGAAAUGAAAUCCCCGAAAGUAUUAUCCAUACUUUUUUAAAAUUAAGGAUGUAGAUAUUUUCAAAGCUGUUUUUGAUGUUUAACAGUACAGAUUUGUUUUUGUUGUUUGAGAAAUUUGUAUUAAGUAAUAGCACAGGCUUUUUUCCAGAUAGGAUUUUUCUUCACAGUACUGCUUGCAGUAGAAAUAACGCUAACCCUAGUAGGUGUUUCUCUUCUUAUUUUCAUAGUCGUAAUUAUGUCUUAGCAUCUCAUUUUGUGAAAAGAAGAAGAUAGACACCUGUCUCUAGGGCCAUCUUCAUUUAAGCACUACUUUACUAAAUGCAAAUUAUGGCAAUCAGGGCGUCAGUUUAUGUAUUGCCUUUCUAUAAGAAACCAUGAUGCCUUUGUAUUUGCUGUUUGCACCCCUAAAAUCAAUUCCAUAUGUUUGAAUGCCAUAUGUUUUGCACAUUGUACUGUAUAUAUGUAAUGCAUACUGUAUUUUUAUAUGUGUACUACAUUUAUCAAAUAUUUUGUACAUAGUGGCAAUAUUGUAGCUACUGAGGAAAUGUUUGAUAUUUCAGCAUUUUUGCUAAGUGUCUCAAAUAAAAAAGGAAAACUGUG